GUGGAUAAUGCUUCAGCGUUCCAGUCCAUCGUGAGCUCAACAUCGGUCGGAGUUAGGCUGACAAAUCUCCGUGGCGUUCACAUGGAAGCGUCGCGAACGUCACGACAGACCGAGCGCCACGACUAAUCAUCAGCAAGUAGCUGCGAAGCCUCAUAUCUUGAUCACCUACUAAUACCAUUACUUAUCCACAGCACAGCAGCUCCCUCACGUUGUUUUAAUACGAACACCUCGGCGUCGCCAUGGACGCGCCACACGAUAAUGCGAACGCCGACGAGAUUCAGAUCACACUGACACACCACGGAAAGCCAGUCCCACUUUCCUUCGCACAAGAUGCCACAAUAUCAGACCUCUCGAACACAAUAGCGGAGCAGCUGUACAUACCGUCGUCGAAUCAGAAGCUGCUCAUUGGCGGCAAGCUGGGGCUGCAGAAGCCGCCUUUCAAGGAUCCAUCGCUGCCUUUGAGCGACUUCAACACCAAGAAGAUCACUCUCAUGGGCAGCACGACUGCCGAAGUCUCCUCUCUCAACGCCACAAUAUCCGCCGCGUCCGCCCCACGCCGACAGGGCCCCAUCAAAGCCGCCACACCCGCGCGAAACCGCGACUACAAACGCAUCCAAGAAGAGGCGCAAUACACAUUCCACACCCUCCGCCCCCUACCGUACCUUCCACGGCCCGAGCGCAGUCUAGCGUUUCUCGAGCGCCUGCGCGACGACGCAGGCAUCAAGGCCGCGAUGCGCACACACAAAUUCAGCGUCCCGCUGCUCACCGAGAUGGACCCGGCCAUGCACACAACCCAAGAGAGCCGCACGCUGGGGCUGAACCGCAACAAGGGCGAGGUCAUCGAGCUGCGGCUGAGAACCGAUGCGUACGACGGGUAUCGCGACUACAAAACGAUUCGGAACACGCUGUGUCACGAGCUGGCGCACAAUGUGUGGGGGCCGCACGAUCGCAAUUUCUGGAACCUGUGUAAGCAGAUUGAGAAGGAGGUUGCGAGGGAUGACUGGCGGAGUGGAGGGCAUAGCGUGAGUAACCAGGAGUUCUAUGAGCCGAGUGAGGAGGAGAUGGAUAUGUGCGAUCAUGGUGGAUGGACUGGGGGUGAGUUCGUGCUGGGAAGUGGAGGAGACGGAGGUACACUAGUUAGCAGCGCUGGUGGGAGCGUCGCCACUGGAAGCCUGAACCGGAGAGAGGUUCUAGCGAAGGCGGCAGAGGAGAGAGCAAAGAGAGCGAAGCAGGUUGAGGAAGAAAGUAGAGGUGCCGAUUCGGCUUCGUAGACCUCUGUUAGAUCGCCCUCAAAGUGCUUGAGUGGUCAAUGUCUGCGUUAGCUUGCAUACAUGUGCUUAUAUCCCAAUUCUUGGGCCUUAUUUAAUCAAAUUCAUCUACUUCUUCUCGCAA